GCGGUGUUUGCGUCUGCUGUUUGAGUUUUCUACUUCAUAUACUGUCAGUCUAUCUAGUGUCAGAGACGAGCAGCUUGCGGUUUUAUUUUUUUCAGUGCUCUUAUACAUCACAGAUGCAGAUCUGGGUAACAACGAAAAUUGAGCCCAACUCGGUGUCGUGGAACAGUAAGAUAUUCUUAGCGGUGGAUAUGAACCCACUUACUGCUCUUUCCUUUCAGUUAGAGGUUGGAGCUGCGAGUUUCUUUAUUGACGAGGAAAAGAAAGUUGCUGUGGUUUUUGAUAAAGGAAAAAAAGAUUUAGUGUCCACUCACAACAUAGCUUAUAUCGUUGGAGUGGAUGGAAUUUUGGAAGAAGUGGAUCUUGGAAUAUCCGCAAACAAAUUUUGUUAUCCACUUGUGUGCUCUUAUGUUCCGAGUUUAGUGCAGCUUUAGUUAGUCCAUUUUACAAUACCUAUAAGAUAUUUUUUGCAAACUUGUUUGUUUUCUCUUUUAUCAUGCAUGUUCUUUGAACAAAGAUUAUUUUUAGUCAAUUAAAUUUGUGUCUCAUCCUUCUUUUUGUUUGCCAUAUAUCUUCCUGCCAAAAAAUUUAGAAGCAUUAAUUGGUUUUGUGUGAUUUGGUUUGUUUCAAUGAGGCUCUUUUAGCCAACAUGUUUGGAAACUUGAUCAUGAUAGGGAUUGUCUCUUCUCUUGACCUUCUCAUGAACAUAUAUUUUGUCAAUUCUGCUUCGUGUAGAUGCUAGACGUCUAUUAUAUGUUUAAAAGAAAAAAAAAAGUUUUACAUCUGUCAAAACAAAAUCCGCCUUGGCCGAUUUGUCUCAAUCGGUAACGUACGACUUGUGCUAUUUUGACUGUAUCUCUGCACAUAUAAAAAUGGAGAGCUUCUUCGUCUCCCGAUUAUCAAACUCAAAAAUCAUUGAAGAAACAGAGAAUUAGUCCUUCUUUG